UGACAAAUGCUGUCUCGCUUUCUCACAAUGGUUCAAUCCAAUUCCCAAAUGGAUCCCAGGUUUGGAUAUACAUUCUAAUCUAUGUGGGGGUGAUGCCGUUGACGCCUCCACGGGAACUGGGGUGUGAUUUUGGUGUAAAUCACACAUUCCAUAUCUUUUAGUACACAACCUUAAAGCUUCAAGUUUCGCUCAACAUGCCAUCUUGGUUCAUCACUGGUACCUCUCGCGGUCUAGGCUUGGAGUUCGUCAAGGAGCUCAUUAAAGACCCUUCCAACGUCGUUAUCGCCACUGCCCGAGACAUCAGCGCCCCAGGUCUCGCGGCUCUCCCCAAGUCUAGCCGUCUACACCUCCUCACUUUGGACGUUUCCAAAGAGGAGCAUUUUGUUCGUGUCGUGGCUGAGACUGAGAAACUUCUCCCCAACGGUCUCGAUUACCUCAUCAACAACGCUGGUGUUGACUACCAGACCAAUCAGACGUUCGGAAACGACGUUACUCACCCCCUCAUCAACAAAGGCACUGCUAAACGCGUAGCUUUCCUCACUUCCGAAAUGGGUUCUAUCACCGCCGCCAUCGGCAUUCCUUUCUUGGGCGAUACCUAUAGUACUACCAAAGCCGCGCUCAACAUGGCUGUCAGGAAGUACGGCGCUGCAUUGAAAACCGUGGGAAGCGAUAUUAUAUUACUUUCUAUCUACCCCGGCUACAUCCCCGGGACGGAGCUCGCCAAUCGUCUCGUUCCUUACUUCGACAAGUAUGCUCCUUCUUACCCCAGGACGCCCAUCGACGAAGGAGUUUUGGGUACCCUCAAAGUCAUCAAGGAGUCUACAAAGGAGGAUCACGCCAAGUUCCUUUCGCACAAGCACACCGACAUCGCUUG